AAAACAAUAAAAUAACAAACAACUACUUGACAAACCCUUACCCUCUGACUGAGAAUCUGUCCCACCAUCCCAUCACUUUUUAAUAAUGUCUGUCCCUUUCCUCGUUCAUCCUUCUCUUCUUUCUCACUUCUCUGAAACUUCAACUAAUUUCAUCAUUCAAAAUCAUCAAGCUCUCUAACCAACCAUCCUUUGUUGUUGUCUAUAAAAACCCCACCAAGAAUCGACUCCCAGUUGCUUUGGUUUGACUUGAAAAUUAAUACCCAAAACGAUGUUUCCAUCUUCUUCUUCUUCGUCUCCGAUUGUUUACUCUUUGACCCUUUUUCUUUCACUUUUAUUUCUUUUCCUCUUUUCUCCUCGGAUCAUUCCUCACGGGAACCGCCAUCGAGAACGGCUGAUCUCGGUGCAAGAUGAACUCGACGAUCUCCGUCUUUUCCGUGAAGCGGUGUCCACGGCCACCGCUCGCGGCGGUUCUUCGAAGAUUUCCCAUCUGGGUACUAUUAAUCCAAAGCCCAAAAUAGCUUUUCUUUUCCUCACCAACUCGGAUCUCGUGUUUGCACCGUUGUGGCAACGUUUCUUCGAAUCCUCAAACGAUGAUCUCUUCAAUGUCUACGUCCAUGCCGAUCCGGCUACUAAAAUAGCGACCCCGGAAUGGUUAAUUAAAGCGAAUUUCAUCCCGGCUAAAGCCACCGCACGUGCCUCCCCGACGCUCAUCUCCGCGGCGCGGAGACUCAUGGCAAACGCCAUCAUCGACGAUCCGUUCAAUAUGUACUUCGCACUGGUAUCCCAGCACUGUAUCCCUCUCCAUUCGUUUAAAUUCGUUUACACUUCCCUUUUAGGAAACCCUUCAUCGGCGCACAAAGCGUUUUUGACCCAAGGUUCUCUCAAAAGCUACAUCGAGAUCUUAUCGGAGGCGCCGUUUUUGCACAACCGGUACGUCGCUCGGGGCGACGGCUCGUUAUUGCCGGAGAUUCCGUUCGAUAAAUUCCGGGUCGGAUCACAGUUCUUCGUGCUGGCAAAACGGCACGCUUUGCUUGUGUUGAGAGAAAGGAAAUUGUGGAGGAAAUUCAAGGUCCCUUGUUUGGAUUUAGAUUCUUGUUACCCUGAAGAACAUUAUUUCCCUACGUUCUUAUCAAUAGCUGAUCCCAAAGGGAGCAGCCAUUACACGUUAACUAUAGUAAAUUGGACUGACAGUGUCGACGGUCAUCCGCAUACGUACCAUUCGCCGGAGAUCUCGCCGGAUCUUAUACAUAUGCUGAGGAAAUCGAAUACGAGUUCGAGUUAUUCAUAUUUUUUUGCCCGGAAAUUCUCGCCGGAUUGCUUGAAGCCGUUGAUGGAAAUCGCCGACGAUGUCAUUUUCAGAGAUUGAACUGUUCCGCUUGAAGAACAUGCAAGGAGGGAGCCAUGGUGCUGCUCUGUCUCCUCUUGUGUACAUAAAUUAUGUCUUUUUUUAAUCAAGAAAGGUGGGCAAAGAGUGGAGUUAGUGGAGAGAGAAGCAAAGGAUAAGGCCUUAAGCAAUAUAUUAUUAAUUGUUGAUUUUGAGAUUAUUACUUAUGAGCUUCUCCCAUUUGCCCCUUUACUUUCCACCCAAGCAAAGCUUCUUCAAUUGUGUUUAUGUGUAGUAUCCUUGCUUGAGAGUUCACAAUGAAAUCUCUCUGUCAUCUUCUUCAAUUGCUUGUGUUGAGAGAGAGGAAAUAUAAGCUCUCUUGUUUGUAUUCAGAUUGUUGUCUUCCUUAACAACAUUAUUUCCCAAUGGAGGAUCACCAAGGAAGCAACCUUUACACGUUAAUUAGAAUUAAUUGGACUGAAAGUGCCAAUGGUCAUCCACUGUCCACAUACACUCAUCGAGAAAGCC